AGCAAGACCACACCUCCUCGGCUGUGUCAUGUAAGCAUGCAGUCAAGGUGACGCUAAAGCAGAGCAGCACGAGGACGCAGCAUGGACGCAACACGUCCAGCAGCAACAACAACGACAACAUGCCGGCAGCUGACAUUGUGACAGGAUGCACAUCGCAGAUUUUGUGUCCGGCUCGUUGGCAGGGGCCUGCGGCGUGGCGGUGGGAUACCCUCUGGACACUGUCAAGGUGCGGAUCCAAACCCAGAAACAGUUCAGUGGAAUAGUCCAGUGUGUGAUGGUCACCUUUUCCAAAGAAGGGGUGCACGGCUUCUUCAAAGGCAUGUCACUACCCGUCACCACCAUCUCCAUCACGUCGUCUGUGGUGUUCGGCACCUACAGGAACUGUCUGCAGUGUCUGAAGCAGGCCAGAGGAGCUGUGAGCGGUCCCAACACCAAAAGAGAAGUCUUCCUGUCUGGCCUGGCAGGUGGAAUUAUGCAAACGUUAGUCAUGUCCCCAGGUGACAUCGUCAAAGUGCGUCUCCAGUGUCAGACUGAGUCCAGGAGGCGACAAGGCAGCUCAGCCCAUCCCAAGUACCGCGGUCCCAUCCACUGCCUGCUGAGCAUUGUCAGAGAAGAGGGCUUCCGGGGUCUCUACAGAGGGGUCGUGCCUCUCAUGCUUAGGGACGGACCGUCCUUCGCCACCUACUUUUUGACCUACGCCAGCGUUUGUGAAUGGCUGACGGAGAGUGGCAGAGAGAAGCCAGCCUGGGGCGUGGUGAUGCUGGCUGGGGGCGUGGCAGGAAUGGCGGGGUGGACCCUUGGAACGCCAAUGGACAUCAUCAAGGCACGCCUACAGAUGGACGGCGCCCGGGAGAGGAAGCGCUACCGAGGUUUUUUUCACUGCAUCGCGGAGACGGCGCGCACUGAGGGCCCCAGCGUCUUCUUCCGGAGCUGGGGCAUCAACUGCCUGCGCGCCUUCCCAGUCAACAUGGUGGUGUUUGUCAUGUAUGAGCUGCUCACCCACAUCCUGCAAGACACGCAUGACAGUGUGCCCCCUUCGCGGGUCAGCCUGGAAUAACAGAACAUGGUACCUGGAAAAGAGAUCCCACCUUCUGAAUAUUAAAUAUUUUAUCAUAAAACGUUUGAAUAAUGUACAAACCAUGUAUUAAGCAACAUUUGGUUACAUACGUUUAAAAAGAAGUGUGAGUUUUAAAAUAAUAUCAUGUUAGGUUAGCUUAUUCAUGAAGUAAAACAACAUGAGCAAAUUGCCAACUCCCACGUCUGUAGCUGACUGACGGAUGUUUGGCAGAGAUCCGGGUGUCGUUUGAACGUGUAGAGAAAGUUUUUCCCUUUCAAAAGCGAGCGUUAUAGUGUCCUUUCUCUCUAGUGAGAGAGACGAUAUAAUUAUAUCAUUUUCAUUACUGUCAUUAAAAAGCUAUUUGCAUAACAAUAACUUCCUUUGUACAGUCAUAACAAAGUGUUAAAUGUUACAUUAAUAAUUAAUAUUCUGGUUUAAUUUAUUGUAUUUUUUUUUUCAACAUUUAGAUAUUCCGCUGUAGUAUAUUCAGUUUUUAUGACCGCAGAUGUUACAAGCUCAGGUAUUUAAAGGCACAUGUACUGUACAUCAACAAGUAGCCACUGGAGGGCGCUCCUCCACCAGCCAAUUGUUGCUGGAAGUAGUAUAACCAGGAAGCUGAAGGACGCACAUCAUCAAAAAUAUUAUCUCAAGUUUGUUUUCGUACCAUUAAAUAAAAAGUAUAACGCCUGUUUGAAGUGUGGGUUGUAUAACAGUUAAAUAUAUGCUGCUGCUGCUUCUAUCUUCAUGACUAAAAGGAAAGUGAAGCCUUUAAAGGGGAUCUGCACUUUUUCUUUUUUAAUUGUGCCUAUCAUUCACAAUCUCUCUGUAGGACAAGCACACAUUGUUUUUCUUUUUGUGCAUUCUAACUCAUAAAUAAAAAAUAGCAAAAGUCAGCUAACAAUUGCGCCAAUGGGAGUUGCUGUAUUCCUCCUACAGCGCAUCCGGAAGGUAUUGACAGCGUUUCACAUUUUCCACGUCCUAGACUUUCAGUUUUUUUACGAGGGAGUCUUGGAGGUCAUGUAAUGUGAUAUUGAAAAUGUUUAAGGUUUUGUAUAUAAAAAUAUAUUACCUUGGAGUAAAGAGGGAAAAUAAAAUAAACAUGAACAAGGGGUAAAUAAAAAAAGAAAAUCAGGGAGUAUUAUCGCCAUAGUUUCAACGACUUCUACUUUUCUGUCAUUGCAAUGAAUGACGCACGGGAGCGCCACUGACUCCUAUCGUGGGAUUUAUUUAUUUUACUGUAGUUUAAAGGUGCCAUAUGUAAUCAUUUCAUGUCAAGUCAUCAUUAAAUGACCUUUAUAUGUCAAAGGGCAUUAAUAAAUCAUGUUAUUUUCGAAUACCUUUAUAACUGAUAACAGUAGUUUAGCCAGGAUAUGCUCAUUUCAAAAUUAGAUUUACAGCCCCGAAAUGUUUUUAUUGUUUUCAUUUCGAUGCCCCGCCCUCCACCGUUUGAUCAAUUAAAAAGUCUGUGAGAGUGUCACAUCCAGAUUGCCAGUUACACACCACCCUCUUCGUUGAGCUCUAGCCACUGGUAAAGUUACUAAACAUGUCAGACCUUAGUAAAUAUAAAAUGCGUCAUUACCAUUAUCAACUUAUUCUUGACAAAGCCAAGAACAAAACGAGGAUUUGUAUUGGGGAUGCCUUUGAAUGAUGGAGACGAUUGAAGGCAGAGAAGAUUUUUUCAUCUGAUGCCAAACUUGCUAAUUUCCUCCUUGAUAGGUAAGUCAGGCAUUUAUGUUUUCUUAUUACUUGUAAUAAAUGGAAAUGGACAUUUUGUAUGUUAACUAUAUUGUCCAAUACAAUCUAUGACAGUGGUUCUUAACCUGGGUUUGAUCGAACCCUAGGGGUUCGGUGAGUUGGCCUCCGCGGAUGUCAAGACACACCCGACUCAUCGUGUAAAUAAAAACUUCUCCCUAUCGGCGUAUUAUGUAUACGGCAUGAGUAAAACCAGAAGUCACACUGGUUUGCAGGUGUGUAAUUUGUUGUGAGUUCAUGCUCUGUGUUGGUUUUGUUCUUUGAACAAGGUGAUGUUCAUGCACGGUUCAUUUUGUGGACCAGUAAAAAAACAAAAAAAUAAACAACGAUACCAAUAAUAAAAAAAACCGAUAGAGAUCAUUUCCGAUAUUACAUUUUAAAGCAUUUAUCAGCCGAUAAUAUCGGCAGGCCGAUAUUAUCGGACAUCUCUAAUAAUUACUUUGUAAACCAUCUUGCAAGAAGCAUAAACAAGAGAAACCCACAGGGUAGGACUCGUCGAUUGCCAUUUGAAGUUUCUUGGAGUAGGAUUCGGAUUUGGCUGUGUAUCUGGCAACCUCAGUCAUGGAGAGUGGAAGUGGACUACAGAAUUUUGAA